AUGCCCGCUUGUGUUUUCCUUGACUUCAAAAUUACUCAUGAGCGGCUUGCUGAUAUGUUGCGGCGAUUAGCUUCUCUAGGCCACUCGGCUGCGGAGGACCAGCAGCUCAUGUCGCCUUCGCCCGGAGAUGAGCAGCACCCGCAGGAGACGAAGGGCAGCGGCGGCCUCGCCGGCGUCUUCAAGGGGCUCGCGGGCGGUGGGAAGUUGACAAAAUCCCCGCCGGUCAUUCAACAACCUUUCCCGCCCAUCUCCGGCUCCCAAGCCCUCCCUCAGCGAUCCGACGCAACCCCGCCGAUGUCUGCCCUCCAUGGACUCUCUCCUGAUCAGGCCGAGUUAUUUGUACACCUCAAAAAUGGACAAUUAAAUGAGCGGGUUGCUGCGGCAAACUCGCUGCGUUAUGCAAUUGCUGACUUUCCCCUCAACCCUGUCCGCGAUAUUUGGCACGCCGCGAAAGAUCUCAUCGACCCCGCAAACCCCGCCAACGCUCGACAAAUUGCAUGGGAACUCCUGACCGAAUGCAUCAAAUACCCCUCCUCGACCGAGCUUGAGCGGCGUGAAUACUUCAGCACACUGGCGAACCCGGCUCUACCCGAUGACUUUUAUCUCCAGCUGGCUGCUCUCGAGGACCUGACAAACCGGGGUCGCGACGUCUCGGGGUUUUAUUACGACAUCUUCCCGCUCCUGACCCGGUGGUUGGAGGAAGCGUACAGGGCUGCCAGGACCGCGAGGAGGCAGGCCUCCCGUGGGCCCACCAGGGUCUCUAAAGGGAGCACGCUAUCUACGGGCGAGGAUAAGAACUUGUCCAGGCUGUUCGCGCUCCUCAAUGAUGCCAUCAAGUUCAAUUUCAAGUUUGCCAGGGACGAUGUGGUCGGGAGAUUGAUGGCCAUACUCCUCAAAAUCUGCAUGAACACCAGCGUGGAAGAUGACCUGAGGGCGUGCAUCAUCGUGGUCGAUCGCGUGGUCACAUAUGGCGCCAUUCCGAACGACAAGCUGAAAGACUGCAUACAAAUCUUGAGCUCCAUACAUUGCCUGGUUCCCAGCUUGCAAAAGGACGCCUGGCACACGAUAUCCAUCAUUUGCAGAUCGCAUCAUGGCCAGUCAGCCGUCAGAAUAUUACUAGACUUACUGCGAACCUAUUCCACCUCCCCCGACAAGGACAAGGAUAAAGACUCGGUUAGAGACGUCCGCGGCGCUCUCUCGGUUCUGAAGAGGCUCCUAUUCAAGUCCGCCGACAAAGGAUACCCGGCAGUCUCUUUGGCACUUCUCGUCGACGGGCUAGCAACUGUUUCCAAAAGCAGCUCUACAAGGAUAGCGACGGAGAUCCUAAAGCUCAUCAAUGCUGUAUUUGACGGGCGUGAGGGUAACAUAAACCCCAUAUUGGUCGAGGAAAACUGGUCGCCGAUUUUCGCGGUCGCCGCGCAGUGUGCGACCAAGGUCGCACAUCCGCCACCUGCCGCGGAAUCUAGCGCCUCUUCUAUCUCCACAGUCGUUAAGGACGAGAGGGAGCCGGAAGAGACGGUGGCAGUUCAGCUAAAAUACCUGGUCACCCGGAUCGAAACGCUGCUCGCUAACAACGACCCUGAGUUCCUACAACGAGAUGAAUGCAUGGUAUUUCUUUCGGAAAUCCAGCAAGUCCUCCCAGAUUCGGCAGCAGCCCUUGUGGUCGCGUACUUGAAGGAGACCCGAGCCUGCUUUCCGUCAGAAGUAGGCUGGGAGGACAGCCUCAAGCUUGUUCUGAACGCCUUCUUCCUCAAUAAGGGUCGUGAACCCCUUACCCGACUGCGCGCUCUGGAAGUCGUCAUCGAAGUAUACGAUUUUCUGUGUCUCGCCCAAGGCCUAGUAGACGAGGAUUCGGUUGCCAGGCUUGUCCAGCAAGUCCUUGCAGAACUACCCGCGGAGAUUGACAGUCUCGUUCUGCAGGAGACGACAGCUUUCUUAAUCAAAGUGGCUGAAACGGCGCCUGUCGCGCUAUUCGACGACAUUCUCGAUGCCUUCAAAGGGGUCGUUGCCAAGGACAAAACCAGACCGCCGCCGUCCGUGUUAGCCCCGCACCGAGCCGGCCCAACACUCCAGUCUGGCGGCCAGACCAUCUAUUUUGCGAACCAAAGCGUCUCCAACGUGGUCACCAGAGGCUACGUCCAGAUUUUCAUCCGAACGAUGAGCAGCAACGGCUCGAAGGCUGCCAAAGCCUACACGGCACUGGUUCAUAUUGCUCGCUCCAACGCAUGCGAGAUCGAUGCUCGGCUUACAGCCAUGAAGAUGCUCUUUCGGCUUCGGGCGGAUUAUGAACAUCAGGUCUAUCUCACGACUCUGGUGGAAAACGAGACUCUGGCCGGAACCUUUUUCAUUUUGAUUCAUCUUCCAGCACAACUCAGCAAUCACCCGAUUUUCAGGGACGCCAUUCCCCAUGUCCAAGAACUACGACGCUUGCUCUGUGAGAUGAUCAGAACCAACGGGUUCCUAGAGCCGCCUCAUUCGUCUGGUCGCCGACGCAGCGACGUUGCCAACUGUUUGUUCCACUCGCUCAUCAUGAUCGUCAGCUAUCACCGCCAUUUCCAAAAGACGGACGAGGACGAGAUGGUGAGGACGUUUGCACACGGGAUAUCAGACAAGACGGCAAAGACAUGCAUCCACGCUCUCUCGGUAUGCUGUCACGAGCUGCCUAUGUCGGUGAGCAAGUCGCUUGUCUCCAUCCUCCAGAAGAUGUCGCAAGUUAUCACGCAGCCCUUGGUGGCAAUGCAUAUCCUGGAGUUUUUGGCAUGCCUCAGCCGCCUGCAUUCGCUAUACUCCAACUUCCGUGAGGAUGACUAUCGUAUCGUGCUCGGUAUAUGCUUUAGGUACCUGCAAUACGUUCGCGAGAAGAAGCUCGCGAUGCGUGGCAGUGUCGCGAGCGAACCGGCAACCCCUAGCUCCAACACGACUAAUCACACGGAGUUUCUUGCACAUCAGUCAACCGGCGAUGAUCUCCCUCAGUACGUCUAUGCUCUGGCGUACCACGUCAUCACGUUUUGGUUCCUCGCCGUCAAGCUUCCGGAUCGGCCGAACCAGAUUGGCUGGAUUACGAAGAACCUAUUUACCGACGUUGAUGGAACUGCAAGCACCGAAGAGCACGCGCAGAUCACGCUCGAUUUCAUGCAGCGUGUGGCAUUCUCGGAUGCUGGUGAUUCCGCUCAAGACCCUCUCUUCAAGGAGCAAUUCUUUGGCGAGAUCCAGAAGAAGCGUUGGAUCAUCGGUAACAGCAUCCUCACGAUUCGACAGGCAACCGAGUCGUGCUGGGCUGAGAUCACACGCCGUUAUCCGUCCGGCACUUCAUCGUAUGCACUUCGCGUCGAGUUCACUCCGACACCGAAUCUGCCAGCCCCAGAUGGUUCCGAUGCUGCGGCCUGGGAAGGGCGUUUUCAGGAUGGCGUCACCAUUUUCCCAAGCCACUUGUUAAUGCAACUGUUGGCCCCGAUGCCGCAGCUGUACGAUCCCGCCAUCCGGCCCAUCCCCUUGCCAGAUGAGGACUUUGUCGACCGAGCUGUUCGGGUUUUUGACCGUAAUUCGCCGGUGGACGGGCACAAGGUGGGCGUUGUCUACAUCAAGGAAGGGCAAACCAAAGAGACGGAAAUUCUAGCCAACACAACCGGCAGCCCUGACUAUCAUCAAUUUCUUAAGGGGUUAGGGACCUUGACAAAGUUGAAGGGUGCCACCUUCAACACCCAUGGCCUGGACCGCGAAAACGACAUUGACGGGAAAUACGCGUACUGCUUCCGGGACCGAGUCACCGAGAUCAUGUUCCACGUUACCACCCAAAUGCCCACGAACCCCGAGACCGACCCACAGUGCAUCAUGAAAAAGCGGCAUAUCGGCAACGACUACGUCAACAUCGUCUGGAACGACUCGGUCCAGGUUAUGAGCCAGCUCGGUUUCCCGGAAAUCUCACCCGCAGCGGAACCGAAGAUGAUCAGUCUCAAGGCGCUCCCCAGUUUUGUCCGAUUGCUAGCGCUCAACGCCUCGGUCUUCUCACUCGUCUGGGCCAAUAGGGAGGACGGCGAGCACGUAUCGUCGUGGCGCGAACGCCUUCGCCAGAUCAACGCCCUGCGCACCCGCUACGGGCCGAAGGCACAAGGCGUCUCGGCGUCCCCACCACCGGGGGCUAUCGCCACGCCCUCAGCCGCUUCUACUACUGUUGCUCCCGGGGGCCUGCCCACGGUAGGCGGGAACCAUGGAGGCAUUGGCCACCACCAUCAGCCCUCCGUUCAAGGGGCUCCUGUUCUGGGCGCCGGCGGGGAGUUUGGUACCGCUGGCGCCGGCGGGGUCAACAACGCGCGGGGGGGCGGCAUGCGGGAUAGCUUCAGCAGCAGUCUGCGCAGGUCGUCGGUCGCGACGUUCUUUACCAGUGCUCCCAGUACGGAUCAGUCGCAUCAGUCGCACCGUUCAAGCAUGCUGUCGACUGUGACGACGGAAAAUGCAGAGGUACUACAGCAGAGCACCGCUGAGGCCUUGGUGGAUUCGGUAGACUUUUCGAAAUGGACAUAA